GGACCUGCCAAGGAAAAGCGACCUCUGUACGCCCACACCCUCCUCCCAGGAGCGGCCUCCCGGCACCUAGACAUCUCUUCCCUCCGGCCUCAGCCCUUCACCUUCCCUCCCCACCUCCACCCUGGUGCACCCCACAGGCCGGGUUACUCCAGGUGCGACUCCCAAGAGGACCAGCAGGUAAGGGAAGGAGGAGGAAAGAGGAUGAAAGAGAUCGAGAGUCUCAGUUCCGAGCAUCACCCCCUCACGCCCGCUGUCUGGGCCUAGCGUCUCCCAACGAGUCCCUUCAGCUUUGCUUCUCACCCUCGACGGAGCAGAAGGGCCUUGCCAGGCCCGUCUGGCCCCUCCGGAGAAGCAAGAGAGGGCGCCACUCCUGAGAGAUUGAGCGCAAAGAAUCUGAUUAAACGGUUCAGCAGACCCCGGCCCCAGGCCCUGCUGAGCCCCAACGUCUCCGGCUCCUCCUGCUCCGGCACUGGGCGCCGCGGGCCUGGCCCGGCCCUACCACGUGCCAGCGGACCCGCCCCCGCUUGGCCCCAAUUGCCCCUCUCAGUUCCCGGCCUUUGAGCAGAGGGAGCGCAGGUUAGCACGUUCCAAGCGCCCCCUGCCGCCUCCCCGGAGCCUCGGAGGCGGCCUCAACGCAGACCCCCGCCCGGCUGGGCCGGCCCCUGUGGAUGGCCCGGCGGGCGGAGCAGCACAAGAGGGCACCGCCCUCGGCCCGCCCGCCGAGGAGGGGACGCGAGCUGGAGGUUGAGCCCGAAGCGCCUGCACCGGGCCCGCCGCACUCUGCACUCGGCCGCCCGGGCGGCGGGGACGGGACGGGUGCCGGCGCGGGCUCUGCCGGCCGGGAGCCGAGUCCGGGCCCGAGCCCGAGCCGCACCGGGAGGCCAGAGGACUGUGGGCGGAGAUGGCGGCCGCGUCGGCCGCGACAGUGGCGGAAGGGAUGGAGCCGCGGGCGCUGCAGUACGAGCAGACCCUGAUGUAUGGCCGGUAUACUCAGGACCUUGGGGCCUUUGCCAAAGAGGAAGCUGCUCGGAUUCGCCUGGGAGGGCCCGAGACCUGGAGGGGUCCACCUUCCCCUCGGGCUCCCCCAGAGCUCCUUGAAUAUGGACAGAGCCGUUGCGCCCGAUGCCGCAUCUGUUCCGUACGCUGCCAUAAGUUCCUAGUGUCCAGGGUUGGUGAAGACUGGAUCUUCCUGGUCCUGCUGGGGCUCCUCAUGGCUCUGGUCAGCUGGGCCAUGGACUAUGCCAUCGCUGCCUGUCUGCAGGCUCAACAGUGGAUGUCCCGAGGCUUGAACACCAGCCUCUUGCUCCAGUACCUGGCCUGGGUCACCUACCCCAUCGUUCUCAUCACUUUCUCAGCUGGAUUCACACAGAUCCUGGCUCCUCAGGCUGUCGGGUCUGGCAUCCCUGAGAUGAAGACCAUCUUGCGAGGAGUGGUGCUGAAGGAAUACCUCACCCUGAAGACCUUUGUAGCUAAGGUCAUUGGGCUGACCUGUGCCCUGGGCAGCGGGAUGCCCCUUGGCAAAGAGGGCCCUUUUGUGCAUAUCGCCAGCAUGUGUGCUGCCCUGCUCAGCAAGUUCCUCUCCCUCUUUGGGGGCAUCUAUGAGAAUGAAUCCCGGAACACAGAGAUGCUGGCUGCUGCCUGUGCCGUGGGAGUAGGCUGCUGCUUUGCAGCACCUAUUGGAGGCGUCCUAUUCAGCAUUGAGGUCACCUCCACCUUCUUCGCUGUGCGGAACUACUGGCGAGGCUUCUUUGCUGCCACCUUCAGUGCCUUCAUCUUCCGGGUCCUGGCGGUCUGGAACCGUGAUGAAGAGACAAUUACGGCUCUCUUCAAAACCCGAUUCCGGCUUGACUUCCCCUUUGACCUCCAGGAGCUGCCAGCCUUUGCUGUCAUUGGUAUUGCUAGUGGCUUUGGGGGAGCGCUCUUUGUCUACCUGAACCGGAAGAUUGUCCAGGUGAUGCGGAAGCAGAAAACCAUCAACCGCUUCCUCAUGAAGAAGCGCCUGCUCUUCCCAGCUCUGGUGACCCUGCUCAUCUCCACUCUGACCUUCCCCCCUGGGUUUGGACAGUUCAUGGCCGGACAGCUCUCACAGAAAGAGACUCUGGUCACCCUGUUUGACAACCGGACGUGGGUCCGCCAGGGCCUGGUAGAGGAGCUAGAGCCACCGGGAACCUCACAGGCCUGGAGCCCACCACGUGCCAACGUCUUCCUCACCCUGGUCAUCUUCAUUCUCAUGAAGUUCUGGAUGUCUGCACUGGCCACCACCAUCCCAGUGCCCUGUGGGGCCUUCAUGCCAGUCUUUGUCAUUGGAGCAGCAUUUGGGCGUCUGGUGGGCGAAAGCAUGGCUGCCUGGUUUCCAGAUGGGAUUCACACUGACGGCAGCACCUACCGGAUUGUGCCUGGUGGCUAUGCAGUGGUGGGGGCAGCUGCACUGGCAGGAGCAGUGACACACACAGUGUCCACGGCUGUGAUCGUGUUCGAGCUCACAGGCCAGAUUGCCCACAUCCUACCCGUCAUGAUUGCCGUCAUCCUGGCCAACGCCGUUGCCCAGAGCCUACAGCCCUCACUUUAUGACAGCAUCAUCCGGAUCAAGAAACUGCCCUAUUUGCCUGAACUGGGCUGGGGCCGCCACCAGCAGUACCGGAUGCGAGUGGAGGACAUCAUGGUGCGGGAUGUUCCCCACGUGGCCCUCAGCUGCACCUUCCGGGACCUUCGAUUAGCACUGCACAGGACCAAGGGCCGCAUGUUGGCCCUAGUGGAAUCCCCUGAGUCCAUGAUCCUCCUGGGCUCCAUUGAGCGCUCACAGGUGGUGGCAUUGCUGGGGGCACAGCUGAGCCCAGCCCGCCGACGGCAGUACAUGCAGGAGCAUCAAAAUGCCCAGACCUCUCCACCGUCCGAUCAGGAGAGUCCCCCUAGCCCUGAGACCUCCGUCCGCUUCCAGGUGAACACAGAGGACUCAGGUUUCCCUGCAGCCCCGGGGGAGACUCACAAGCCCCUGAAGCCUGCUCUCAAGAGGGGGCCCAGCAACACCAUGAACCUCGGGGAAAGUCCCACAGGGAACAUGGAGCAGGCAGGCAUUGCCCUCAGGAGCCUCUUCUGUGGCAGUCCACCCCCCGAGGCUGCUUCAGAGAGUGACUCAGACUUGGAAGGCGAGAUGACCCCUGAGGAGAUUCUGGAGUGGGAGGAACAGCAACUAGAUGAACCUGUCAACUUCAGCGACUGCAAAAUUGACCCUGCCCCCUUCCAGCUGGUGGAGCGGACCUCUUUGCACAAGACUCACACCAUCUUCUCACUACUGGGAGUGGACCAUGCUUAUGUCACCAGUAUUGGCCGACUCAUUGGGAUCGUCACCCUAAAGGAGCUCCGGAAGGCUAUCGAGGGCUCUGUCACAGCACAGGGCGUCAAAGUCCGGCCGCCCCUGGCCAGCUUCCGUGACAGUGCCACCAGCAGCAGUGACACAGAGACCACAGAGGUGCAUGCACUCUGGGGGCCCCGCUCCCAUCAUGGCCUCCCCCGGGAGGGGAGCCCUUCUGACAGCGAUGACAAGUGCCAAUGAACCCCCUCAGUGGGUGGCCUAGGAUGGCAGUGGCUGUGGCUGUUGGUCUAGACCGUGAAGCUCUCCCUUC